AUGUAUGAAUUGAAGUACGGUAAAAGAGAGGAAGAGUGGAAGGAAGAUGGAAAGAGUGAGGCCAAGCUAUUUAUGUUGGGUUUCUUGAGACCAGAAAGAGCAUCAGAUUGA